AUGGAUUCCACAGUUGCAAACGUCCCACUUGCACCGAGUCAAGCCGUGGUACCACCUGGUCCGACGAACGUUCCGUCAACUGCUGCUGCACAGAUAACAGCCGGUCCAGCGGGACCACCUUCGGGUCCAGUUGGUCCAUCCGGGCCAGCUUCGUCUGUCAUCGGCACGACUGGGCCAACUAACAACAUGCCAGCUCCUGGAGUGCCCCGAUUAAAUGCAGUCGGUCCAACGGGUGCUCCAUCUGUUCCGCAAGUUCCUCAACCCCCUCCAAAGGCUAUAAGCGGUCCAGCGGGGCCCCUGGCUAGCGUGACGGUACCUGACACGACGCCUACGAAUCCUACGACCACGCGAAGACGUUCACGCGGCCGGAAUCUGGUGGCAGGGCCAACGACUACGCCGGACGGAAGUGCCAUCAGGGAGGAAGAGGAGCGAGUGAGCAAGGAGAAGCUGAUGCGGAAGAAUUUGCGGAGGAAGAUUUCGAUGGCUUGCACAACGAUCCAGAAAUCCAUUGCUGAGCUGAGGAAAAACAAUACGAGGCUCGCCUCCAGUAGCGUGUCGAAGGACACGGAUGAACAAUAUCGGAUCCACCUAACGUACAUCCAAGCGGUGGGGAUAGUCGAGGAAGACUUUCGUCAGUAUCUCGAAGCCCGGGGGGACGACCCAUCGACCCGAGCAGGAAGCAGAGCCUGUUCCUCGUCCAGCUCCGUUGUACAUCCACUGGUCGGUCUCAGACAGGGAUCAGCCGUCCAUCAACCAACCAACCGGGUUAACCCAGGGCAAGGAACAGUACCAGGUCGUCCCAGCAACCGUGCUCCCAGUCCAGCUUCAUUGAGCCAUAUUAGCCGGAGGACAAGCCUUUCCCAGAGAGCCCCACCUGCAACGCCUCGAGCCUCAAGUUCGACUUCAAGGGAGAGGAAAGAAGCUGAGCAGGCGCUACGUCAGUUGAAGACAACCGAAGAUCCAGUACUUGACGACGAGGAACAGAGAAAACAGAAUGUUAAGGAUUGGUGCCGCUCGCAACAAUUCUACGAUAACAACGAGCCGACAGAUGACACGACGCCCGACGGCUGGAUCGACCUUUAUCGUGACGGGCGGUUACCUCCCCCUCAGCGGUCGAGUACUGGUGCCCGAGCGACCAUCAAAGCAGAUUUAGGAGAUUUCAGCGGACAAGCCUUGCAUUGGUUUAAUUGGAUUGAUCUCUUCAAGGCGUUGGUACACGACACUGAUCGUGCCGCAGCAGAAAAAUUAGCCAUUCUCAAGCGCCACCUACGAGGAGAUUGUUCGGACAUUGUCUACGGACUCGGCGGAGGAGAGACCGCAUACGUCGAAGCGCUCUGCCGGCUAAAGGAGACUUAUGGGCGGAGGGACGUCAUGCGUGCGGCUCUCAUUCAGGCCGUCGAAAGGCUGGACAUCAGCAAACAGGACCCAACAUCGUUCCGGAGGUUCGCCGAGAAGACUCGAACCUACCUUUUUGAUCUCCAUCGGAUAGGAGAAACUGCAUCCGUUGACAUUAUCGAUCGGAUUUGCCUCAAACUGCCAAUCCAGGACAGACUCGCCUGGAACGAAGUUCGGUCUGCCGGCAUCGACAAAAGAAAUCUAAAUAUGUUUGGUCGAUGGCUCUGCAGCAGAGCAUCUGCAUAUCAAAAUGCUCACAGCCUUGCGGCGGAACAAAUGGGUGGUGGCCCAGCGAAACAGCACUCAAAAUGGAAUGCCCGGACCCACUCAACAAAUGCAGAGAGCGAAAGAAGAGGAGGCGGAGCUAAGCCAGCUGCAGAUUCCGGUGGAAGAAAUGGAGGCGCCAAGCCCCGCCCAAAAGCCUACUGCUUCCAGUGUGACGGCCCGCAUCAUCUGGAGAAUUGUGGAAACUUUAAAAGGCUGUCAUCCAAGGACCGGCUAUUCUUCUGCAUUCGUCAUAGGUUAUGCUUUUGCUGUUUCAGACCCAAACAUUCUACACGUGAAUGCCCAACGAAGAGGCCCUGUUCAGUACCCGACUGCAAGCACUGGCACCACGUCCUACUGCAUGAAGAUGCUGAAACUCAACCAGAGGAGGCUGCACGACCCGCGGCGGCCCGUUCAAAUUCAGCCAAGCUCAGGACGGCGGUCGGAAUGAUCCCGUUGGAGGUUUUCGACAUCGACGGAAAUAUCGUUCGGGCGAACGGCUUUGUAGACGAAGGGAGCGAUAGCACUCUCUUCCGAGAAGGCUUUGUUCGACGUCUGCGAUUGCAGGGGAGCGCGCAGACACUCACAGUCGACGGUGCCGGUGGAAUAGUCAACAAGUACACGUCCCGAUGCAUCCAGCUGCGGAUCAGAUUAUCUUCCGGCGAGACCAUUGACCUUUGCGGAUCUACGAUGCCGACUGUGGCCAGCUUGGUGCCUGUCAUCGACUGGGAGUUGAUGAAGCGGAGAUGGAAACAUCUGGAGGAUCUACCUCUUUACAGCAGCGGGGGUCGUGUCGAUAUUCUCCUCGGGAGUGAUGCCAUUCAUCUCACAGCAGCUCUUGAGACGCGCGUCGGUCGAGACUUCGAGCCCGUUGCCAGUCGGACGAGACUGGGCUGGGUAGUGCGUGGGGUGAUUGGCGAGAGAGAUGCGGCCAACAACAUCAGGAGCCACGCCAUAUUCGCGACGGACGAGGACGUUGGAGCUUUAGCGCAGCAGAUGCGCCGGUUCUGUGACACCGAGGAGUUCGGCACCGAACACCGGAUCGCCUGCAUCUCCGAAGAGGACAAACAAGCCGUCCAGAUCUUUGAAUCCGGAGUCCGGAGAUUGGAAUGCGGAUACGAGGUACCGAUUACAUGGCGAACGGGGGAGCCGGCGCUCUCAAACAACAAGGUGUUGGCGCAGAAGAGACUGACAAGCUUGCUCCGGCGUUUCGACGAAGAUGAAACAUUCGAAGCGGAUUAUCGAGUGGCCAUGGAAAAAAACUUCACCGAGGGUUACGCACGCGUCGUUGAAGAGGAGAGACUAGGACAACCGGAAUACUACCUGGCCCAUCACGGCGUACGGAAAGGGAAGAAGACCCGAGUUGUCUUCGAUGCAGCGGCAAAAUACCAGGGUAAGGCGUUGAACGACGCCAUUCUCAGCGGACCAGCGCUUCAAGCUCCACUUCCGGCGGUGAUUCUAAAAUUCCGCGAAGGGGCGGUAGCAUGGGCCUCGGAUAUCGGGGCAAUGUUUAGCCGCAUACGAAUGAGACCGGAAGAUUGUCGUUAUUUUCGAUUCCUGUGGCAGCGGAAGGGCGAAACGAUACCUCAUGUCUGCGAGUUUACUCGCCUGCCGUUCGGAGCUACCUGCUCACCCUUUUUAGCCAUCAGCGUGACGCGACGGGCAGCGGCCGACUACAGUCAAGAUCCGGAUGUCCUCAUUGCCAUCAAAUCAAAAUUUUACGUGGAUGAUUAUCUCAGUUCGGCGGCUUCGGUCGAGCUAGGUGUAAAAGAAGCACGAGCAGUGAGCGACGCGCUCGCGAAGGCGGAUCUGCACCUGGAAGGAUGGGUCUCGAAUUCCCCCGAAUUCAGUCAGGAAAUGGCCGCGGACGGCGCAACAACGACCGAACUUUCUCUGAAUGGCGUAGAAGCAGAAAAGGUGCUUGGAGUUUGCUGGGAGGCCCAGUCGGACAUCCUCACGUUUAAGGUGGACCACAUUACCGAAGUCGUCUACACCCGGGUAGGCAUCGCCAGCAAGGUUGCGAGUCUUUUUGACCCGCAGGGCAUGGCUGCCCCGAUGGUGGUGAAAGCCAAAAUCAAACUACGUGAGCUCGGCGUGCAGGGAUUACAGUGGACGGACCCGGUAGUUGGUGAGAGCCGGAAGUGGUGGGAGAAGUGGUUCGACACGCUCAAACAGCUGAACGCCGUAAAAAUUCCCAGAUGCUUGUUUCCGCAGGAGUGGCUGAUUGAGGAGACGGAACUACACAUAUUCGGGGACGCUUCCGAAGAGGCAUAUGCCGCCGUGGCUUAUGUUCGUCAAAUCUAUCGCGACGGAAGCAUCGAGAUUCGGCAAGUGCGGGCGGUGACGAAGCUCGCACCAAAACAGACCCUAUCAGUUCCUAAGUUGGAACUAAACGCAGCGCUGCAAGCGGCCAGACUGGCCAGAACGGUGGAAGGGGCAAUGACCCGGAAACUCCGUCGACGCUUCUUCUGGACGGACUCCAGCACCGUGCGGAAUUGGAUCCGCGCGACAGCAGCGAAAUAUCAGAUGUUCGUGAGCCAUCGGGUCGGGGAGAUCCAGACCCUCACCGAACCCGAAGAGUGGCGGUUCCUCCCAGGCCGUUUGAACCCGGCAGACGAGGCGACGCGGUCAACCAUUGAAGAGGAGGCGUUGUCACCCCGGUGGUGGGACGGGCCGGACUUCUUACGGCAGACCACGGAGCAGUGGCCGCCAGACCUACCAUGGAUGACCGUCAUCGAAGAAAUCCGACCCGUCCGAGUCUGCCAGGUCCGUGUCGACACACCCACAUUGGACUGGGACGGCGUCAGCAUAGAGGAGAACGACUUGCCUUUACUCGUCCGGCUGGAAGGGACUUAUUUGGAGCUGGUGAGAAGAAGCCAGGUGGAAAGUUUUGCGGAAGACAUCGAGAGACUCCGGAGGGGAAAGUGGCUCCGGCAAGACUCGCCUUUGCUGUCACUGGCCCCAGUUCUGGGGAAAGACGGAAUUCUCCGCCUAGGGGGCAGGAUCGGCCGGGCGAAGCUCCCGUACGAGCAGCUGCACCCGCCCAUUCUUUCGGCGUCACACCAGUUUACAAUCAAGAUUGUGCGUUCGUUCCAUGCAGCGUUGAAACACGUGGGAACGGAUUACCAGCUCAGCUACAUCCGGCAACAUUUUUGGAUUCCCCGCGGCCGACAGCUGGUGAAGAAGGUCCGGCGUGAAUGUGAAAGAUGUCGGCGUGAGCGCGCAAAGCCAGGAGAACAGAUGAUGGCGGAUCUCCCGGCGUCACGUUUGGAGUUCGGAUCGCCCCCUUUCACGCGGACAGCCUGUGAUCUUUUCGGCCCGCUGGACGUAUUACUAUCCAGAAACCGGACGGCGAAGAGAUGGGGCGUAUUGUUCACCUGCCUGGUGACCCGAGCGGUAUACCUGGAACUGGUGACCAGUCUUUCAUCGGACGACUUCCUGCUCAUUCUUCGACGCUUUAUCGGCCUGUAUGGGCAACCACGCGUUCUCCAUACCGACAAUGGAACCAAUUUCAUCGGAGCAGAACGGGAGCUCCGCGAGAUGGCGGCAGAGUUAUACGAAGAUCCGGCGGUCGUCAAGUUUAUUCAAACCCACUGCAUGGAAUGGAAGUUUCAGCCGCCCAGGACUCCGCAUUUCGGCGGGGCGCACGAA